AUGUCCCCCUUGGUGUUCCCCGUGGUGUUCCCCGUGGUGUUCCCCGUGGUGCCCCCCCGUGGUGCCCCCCCGUGGUGCCCCCCCGUGGUGUCCCCCGUGGUGCCCCCCCGUGGUGUUCCCCGCCAUGCACAGGUGGCGUUAGUGGUGGAGUGCGAGGCGUACAAGAAGCUGCUGCAGGACCACUUCCUCGACACCUCCAACCAGAUUCGCCUGCUGGCCAACCUGAUGACCACGUUUCACUACAACAAGCCCCCAGGCACACUGGAUAGGGCCACGUUCAUGGGGUUCCUCAACGACACGCAGUACGCGCGUCCGCGUUUGAGGGACGUCUCGUUUGCCGCUAGUGUGCCGCGGGCAGAGAGGGGGGCGUUUGAGAAGGCGAAGGGGAGCGGCUUCUGCAUCAAGCAUGACAUGGCAUGUGCGGAACAGCAGUCGGACUACGCGCCCAUCGUCUACACCACGUCAUCGCAUGAGCUCAUCGGACAAGACAUGCUCUGGGACGCGUUCCCAGCCAACAGGGAGGCAGUGAUCCGGGCGCGCGACCAGGGCGUGAUGGGGGCGCUCACCCCGCCGCUGCAGAUGGCAGUCGACUCCAUGGGGGGCAUCAACGUUGGCAGCAGCAGCAGCACCGGCGCCUCGGGCAACACUGUAGCGUCGGAAGCGAGCGGUAACCGCGACCUAAACACCCUCAUGUUGCGUGUGUACCCGGUGUAUCAGGAGCAUACCCCCCCGGAUGCAGGGGCGGGCGUGGCUGAGUUCCGAUCCAAAUGCCGUGGUUUCAUGUCUGCUGUGAUUGAUUUUGAGCCGUUGAUCAAGUCGCUGCGUCGGGACCACAUACCGAUGCUUGUGAGGGUGUACGACGUGACCAACGGGAGCAGCGAGGCUCAGACGGGGUACUAUAACGCGGCCAACACUGCCGCCCGGGGGAACGGCAGCAGCGGCAACGGCAGCGGCAGCGGCAGCAGCAGCAGCAGCACCAGCGGCACGACCAGCAGCAUGACUUCCGCGAGUGGUAGUAACACCACUGGGGUUCUAAAAACCGACGGUGGCAGCAGCAGCAGCAGCAGCAACAGCAGCACGGGAGGCAGCGGCCGCGUGGUUGGGUUUGGUGAUACGAUGGCAGUACCAGGGGAGGUGCUGGGGCGGGGUAGUGUGGAACGGUUGUUGUAUGAACCGAGCGACCACCGGCUGGGCAAGGGGCAGAGCGACAAGUACAACUAUGUCACCACCAUGGACCUGGGCGACCCCUACCGGCAGUACGAGAUCCGGUGCAGGUACCUAGACUACUACGUGUUCCCCUAUUCGUCCCUGGGCUGGGCGCUCGUUAUAGUCACAGUGAUGUCCCUUGUGGGCUACGUGUGGUGGGUGGCGAGCUCGCACGUGCACCAAUUGGAGCACGACUUCCACCGCAUGGAGCUGCUUAAGGACAAAAUGAAGGCCGCCCGCAACGUGGCGGAGCGCGCCAGCAAGGCGAAAGGGACGUUCCUCGCCACCAUGUCUCACGAGCUGCGCACGCCCAUGAAUGGGGUCAUAGGCAUGCUGAACCUGCUGCUGGAGACACCCCUCACGAUCACCCAGCUGGACUACGUGGAGACGGCUCGCACCAGUGGGCGGGCGCUGCUGGAACUGAUCAAUGACAUCCUCGACCUCUCCAAGAUCGAGGCGCAGAAGAUGCAGUUGGAAAGGGUCCCCAUGGACGUGAGGGGAGAGGUGGACACGGUGCUCACCAUGUUCAUCGAGCGCUUCCGAGACAAGCCGCUGCUGCAGGUGGCGGCCUAUGUUGACCCCCUCGUGCCGGCUGCUGUGCUUGGGGACUCCCUGCGCCUGCGCCAGGUGCUCAUCAACUUGCUCUCCAACGCCUGCAAGUUCACCGAACGUGGACACAUCUUCAUCGCCAUCCGCACGGCAGAGCCAGACGAGGAUCUGCGCAAGUCAGCACGCAAGCUCCACCACCACCACCGCUCCUUCCGCUCGCACGCCCCCGCCAUGAUAGCUGAUCAGCCGCCGGCCUCUGCCGUGGCAGCCGAUAAGCCGUCUGCCUCUGCUAUGAUAGGUGAUAAGUCGUCUGUCGCAGCAGCUGAGGCGAAGACUGACGAGACUCACAGUGUUACCGACAGGGCUGGUGCUGCCGGCAACGCUGCUGCUGCUGAUGGUAGUGGUAGUGGCGGUGGCGGUGGCGGUGGUGAACGCGGGCAAGAGGCCGUGGACAGCUGCAACAGCUGGGUGGUGCUGGGUGCUCGCCGGGACAAGUGGCGCGAGGAGGGAAUGAGACGCGGGGAGGAGAGGGAUGGGAAGAGGGAUGGGGGGAUGGAAGGGGAGGGAGGAGAGGAAGGGGAGGGUGGUGGUAAGGGCAGAGGGAGAGGUGGAGGCGGGAGUCCUCUGCUGAAUGGCCCGACUGUGCGACUCGUCAUCUCUGUUGAGAGCAGGGGCGACAGCAUGCCCUACCCUGGCCACCGCCUCAUCUUAAAGCCAUUCAAGCAUGCGGACAAUGUUCGCGCGCAAUGUGAACACAAUGAUUCGCGCACAAUGCUCGUGCUGACUGUUCUCAUUCCCUUCCUCCUGUCCUCCUCUUUCCUCCUCUCCCACCAACAGGACACAGGCGAGGGCAUCCCUUACCCAGCGCAGCGCACCAUUCUAAAGCCCUUCAUGCAGGCGGACGCGAGCACGACGCGCACGCACGGCGGCACGGGCAUCGGGCUGUCCAUCUCGCGCCACCUCGUGGACCUCAUGGGGGGCAAACUCUCCUUCACGUCGCGCCCUGGCGUGGGCACCACCUUCUUCUUUGAUGUUGUAAUGCCCUGUGAUAGCCGCGACGCUUCGCCCCUACACCUACUCCACCAGACCGAAGCGAGUUUAUCUCACUUCUCCGCCAUUCUCCUUGACGACCGCCCCGUGAGGUUCGGCGUUAUGGAGAGCCUGCUCAAUAGGCUCGGCAUCCCAGUGCUGAACACCCCGGAAGCUGUUGCCGAACCUGUGGUGCACAUUCCAAACCACAGUUCCCUCGUCACUGCUCCAGCUGCGGUGGACGCAGGGGUUGGUAAGCGGCCGGUGAUUGUGGUGGUAGAUGAGGAGUGGUUGGGUCGGCACAACAAGGCAGUGCUUCAACACAAGAAGAAGCAACAGAGCGAAGAGGAGGGGCAGCAGGUACAGGAGGGACAGCAGGUACAGAAUGGGGAGGAGAUGCAGGAAGGGCAGGAAGGGGGGAAGAAGAGGACACGGAAGGAGGGCGAGAGGUGUAUCAGCAGCAGCAGCUGCACAUGGCAAUGGAUUGCAGUGACUGCCAUGGCGGAAGCAGGCUAUGAGACAAGGCGAGUGAGAAUGAGUCUAGACGAGGUGGGGUCAACUCGGUCAACUCAGUCAACACGGUCAACAAUAGGGUCCAAAGCACGCAGAUCCACAGGCUCCAUGCAGGAAGGGGAUGUGCCGACCGUUGCCGCCCGCCUUAAGUCCCGUGCCGCCCAAGCGACUGCUGGGAGCCCUUCCUCUCUGCCGCCUGCUCUGCCGUCGGGCACGUCGAUGCGCAAGGAGAGUGAUGGAGCGAGGCUGCUGUGCCAGGCGCUCAAGGGAAAGAAGAUUCUCGUGGUGGACGACAACAUGGUGAACCGCAAGGUGAUGGCGCGCAUGCUGCAGCGGUACGGCGUGGAGGUGGAGACGGUGGAUGGCGGCGCCAAGGCUGUCAAGGCCGUGCAGCAGGCAACUACCAGAUAUGACUGCGUCUUUAUGGACGUGCAGAUGCCAGAGAUGGAUGGGCUAGAAGCUACGGGCCUCAUCCGCAAGUAUGAAGCUGGUGUGAAUGGUGGAAACGCACAAAAAGACCGGGGAGCAGACCGGCUAUUGGUGAUUGCACUGACAGCUGAUUUUCACCUCGGCCUGCACUGCCAUACCAACACCACCCUCCUGAAUCCUUGCGCAUCAUACAUGCGGUGUUUCCUGUGUGCGUCCCACGUUUUCGUUGUGCGCAUCCAUUCUUUCCUUUCUGUGUCCUUGCGCGACCGCUCCCGUCCAACAGAUGGCGCCGUCAAUAGCAGCAACUCAGCCGCUCCAGUCGACCCUCCACCCACUGAACCCCUUCCCGCAUCAGCAGAACCACCAGCCAAAGGACCUGAAUCCCAGUCCCAGUCCCACCCCGAGCCCCGGCUGACGCACGAGCAGUACUCGGGAGUGGCGGAGGGCGCAGCGAUGGACAAGGUGGUAGCCGCGCGGGUGAGGGACACGGAGGGCAUGCUGGAGGCGCUGCGCAGUGCGGCGGGCAGCAGCUUCGAGGACAUGGCGCUGCACCGCGAGGAGUCCCGCUCCCACCCCGAAGCAUUCGGGCAGCGCGACUGGCGGGUGAGAAUGACUAACGGGAGGGUGUAG